UAACACCUACAAACUACAAAAUAAAAUUAUUAAUCUAAAUUCAAUUGUAGAUGUGAUUUUCUUGGAUCUUGUACUAAAAUAAGAAAGCUCAGCAGCCCCCACUGUGUUAGAGGACGUCCAUUACUGCAUUAUGUGUUCUCUGCUGCUGUUCCAACCACCUCCCCCUGAUGGCUAUGUCACAGUUUGUGAGGCCAACAGUGAGUUAAUUGCUUGUCGGGCAGAUGACACGAUGUCUCAACAAAGGUAUAUGCAGGGUCUAACUUACCCUGAGGUCAGUCUGACAGGAGAGGCACUGAGGACCUCGUUGUCCCAGGAACAUGCUAAGUCUGCCUUUAUAGAACAUAGAACAUCACUGAGGAAGAGGCUGCUAUAUGCAUGGCAUGAACACGGUUUAUCAGGGGUUGUGGCUGAGCUAGGAAGCAGUCGCCUGGAAGGUUCUCCAUGGAUCAGCUCUGUGGCAUGUGGAGUAAUGGCAGUCAUCAGAUGGGCAAACUCCCUCCAUGGCUCCCUUUUUCCUCAUCUUUCACUUUCUAAUGAAGACAUGAUUGCUGAGUUUUCUUCAUCGUCAGACUGGAGGCAUGGUCCUAUCAGAGCGUUUUCAUGGCACCCUCACACAGCCAAGUUUGCCCUAGCGCUGAGGGAUGAUUCUGUCAGAGUUUAUACCACCGGGGUAGGCAUAGUGCCCACCCUGAAACAUAAGCUACAGAAAGGUGUGGCAGACUUAGCUUGGCAGCCUCUGUCAGCCUCAGUUCUAGCAGUGGCAUGUCAAACUUGUGUCUUGAUAUGGCACGUGGAUCCGUUGUCAAUGGCAACAAGGCCGUCCACUAGUUCAGUCCAGGUCCUAAGUCAUCCAGGACAUGGUCCAGUGAUCAGUCUCGCCUGGUGUCCACAAGGGGGCGUCUUGGUAUCUGCCUCACCAGUGGACACUGCCAUGAUGAUAUGGGAUGUUGCCAUGGAGACUGCCAUACCACUGCGCCGUGUGGGUGGCGGAGGUGUGUCAAUGCUGAGGUGGUCAGCUGAUGGGUCAAAGUUGUUCUCUGGUACACCUUCUACUGUGUUCAGGGUUUGGGAAACACAGACAUGGAGCUGUGAGAAGUGGACCAAGUUGACAGGCAGGUGUCAGGCUGCUUGUUGGAGUCCUGAUGGCACUGUACUGCUGUUUGCCACCAAAGAGGAGCCUGUGAUAUAUCUCUUGAAAUUCACCUCAACCUUGGAUGAAACAGAUCAUUCAAUUGGUGGGUCCAAGGUGGCUGUGAACUCAGUUGACCUAUCAGUGGUGGAGUUAGAAAAUGAGGAUGGACCUCAAAGAUUUGGGGGCUGUGUGCAGACGAUGGCAUGGGAUCCUAGUGGAGAAAGACUGGCAGUGCAGUUUAAAGGUGAAAACUCAGAUCUCAUUGCUCUCUUCAGAACUCGUGUGUCACCUGUCUUUGAAAUAAUGCCAUGUGGUAUAGUGAGAGGGGAAGAGGGUGCAGAGGCUCAGAUGAUUGCCUUUCAACCCAGUUUUGAACAACAGGGGGCACUGCUGUCCGUGGUUUGGUCCACAGGACAAGUUUCAUUCAUCCCUCUUUUCUUCCUGCCAUCAUCAGCGGUAAUUACUGACAGACCGAUGGCAGUCAGGACAUCUAAUGGACAGAUGGAAAAUGGCUUUUUGCACACCCAUCCAGGCUGGUAAAGAUGAAAUAGCAUGAAGUGAAGGAACAGCGCAGAUACUUGAGCAAUUAUGGUGGUGGUGUAAUUGCACGACCCUUGGCUUUAACUUGUAUAUCGUCUUUGUAAUGAUUGGUGGAACGAUCAUAUUCUGUCCAUUUCACGACCUGCUUUCUCCCAGCUCACUUUGACAUAAAAUAUCUGCCGUUCGUUAAUCAAGUAUUCUUUUUGUGUAAGUUCACAUUCAAUCUGGAGAUUUCAAGUCUUCUUCAAAGCGCAUUGAAAAGUCACAGUUCUUUAUAUCAUUUUAAAAUGGUAUGAUUAUAAUCCCCUUUAAAGUACAGAUUACUCUAGAAAGAAUGGUAAGCCAUGUGCAUGUAAGUAUUUACUUAAUAAAA